GCUCCACCAUUUUGUCUGCUGGGCAACCUUGGGGAGGAAAAAAUAUCCAUGGCUGUAUUUGUGAUCUUUGCAACCUCGUUCCUCUUGCCGGUGACUCUCUUCAGCAUGUACCAGACUCAAGAACUUUCUGAACCUCUGAUAUUCCCACCUACAUCUGUUGAAAUUUCCAGUGAUUCCCUUCAACAACGUUUGUUUCUACAAUGGAAUGUUCAUGAUCGGGCUCAUCAAAUGAAAUUAAAGAUGGUUUUUGAUAUUCAAGUCACCCGAUCUGAAAAUAUGACUAUUGUUUGGGAGGAGAGCUAUAACACCAUCUUGAGGUUGAAUGAGAAUUUGAAUUGGAGCUGGCAUUCAGAGUUCCCUUUGGAAUGCGUGUCCCAUUCCGUGAGAAUCAGGAGCAUGGUGGAUGAUGAGCAAUUCCCAGCUUCGAGAGUCUGGAGUGACUGGACCUCAUGGAAGACCGUGGAAGGGCAGAAUCAGACUGAUCGUCCAAGAAUUUUUCCUCAUACAGAAGUGGUGGAGGAAGGCUCUGAUAUCAGCUUUUGUUGCAUCGCCGCAAAAGACACAACGAUUUUAUCUUUUCAGUACGACAACACAAACCUCUCGGGAUCAUUCUUAAAACCCCAUGUUUUGGGGUUUACGGUUAAUAAUAUUAGUUACAUACGUGAUUCGGGGGCAAAUAUUUUUUGCAUCCUGGCAUCCAGUGGAGGUUAUGAUGGCCUGGUCCUUUAUAUAGGAAAAGCACCCGACGAGCCCAGAGACUUUUCUUGUGACACAAAGGACUUGACGACUUUGAACUGUGUUUGGGAUCCAGGAACUGAAACUCAUCUGUUUAGAAAUCAUUCCACCGAAUACGAGCUCUAUGAAUGGUUUUCCAAGACAAAGGUUCCUUGUCCUGAAAGAAAUCAAUGCGUUUGGAGAUUAGCCGAAGACGUGACCCAGAUGUACAACUUCACACUAUUGGCUAAAAAUGCCCUGGGAAGAAAAAGUGUGAAUUUGGUGUUAAAUGCGUCUCAACGAGUGCAUCCAAUGCCACCUGAUCUCAUCUCAGUUAAGGACAAGAAUGCCACAAGUGUGACAGUGUCCUGGAAGGUAUCUCCUAUCCGGAGUAAUCCCGAAUUGCUGUGUCAGGCCGAAAUCUCCCGUAACGGAAAAGUCAGACAGUUCAACAUUUCACACGUCUUGGCACCCAGAUCAACCUUAACUUUAGGGGAACUGGAGCCUUAUUCAACGUAUACUCUCCGAGUGCGAUGUGGGAAUGCCAACUACUUUUGGAAGUGGAGUCGUUGGAGUCAUUACGCAUUCACCACAAAAGAAGCCGUUCCCUCUGAGGGCCCUGAUAUCUGGAGAGAGGUCAAAGCGGUUCAGGGAAGCCGUGAGAGACUCUUGACUUUGUUUUGGAAGCCAUUACUGGAUUUUCAAGCAAAUGGAGAAAUCCUCUCUUAUGACCUAACAGUGGAAAAUCUGGACGAACUGCAAGGAGUACAACAGUUCACUUUGUCUAAAUGGAACAACAGCAAAGAGCUAACAAUUGACAGACGGUCCUACCGGAUCAACAUUACGGCAAAAAAUAACGUUGGCUCUUCUCCUCCAUCCGUGAUUGUAGUUUCUGAGGAUAACGAAAAUGACGCGGAUAUCAAAGAAGACCGAGUUAAUGGCACCAAUGGUGGAAUGAACAUUUCUUGGGAGCCUUCCUCUAAAGAAAUAGAGUGCUAUGUUGUCGAGUGGUACACCUGUUCUAAAACUAUAGUCCGUAACUUGCAGUGGAAGAAAUUCAGCUCCAAUAUCACACGUGCUGUCAUCAGUUCAGAUGAUUUUAAGCCUGGAGUGAGAUAUAACUUCAGGGUUUAUGGCGUUUCUGCAACUAAAGAAUCUUAUUUCCUGGAGAAGAAAACUGGCUACAGCCAAGAGGAGCCUCCCACGACACCCUCUCUGGUUAUUAGCAACUUGACUUCUAGUUCACUGAUCUUGAAUUGGUCAGAUUAUCCCACUGAUGAGUCCCAGCCUGGAUUCAUAAAAGGUUAUCACAUCUAUAUGAAACCUACAUCAGGAAUGUGUGGUCCAGACUAUGAAAAAUUCAUUCGUUCAGGUGGUUCAUUACAGUGCAAGCACACGAUUGAAAAUCCAGAACGAAAGACCUUUACCGUGCAACACCUCAGACCGAAGGAAGCUUACGAUUUUGCCAUCAGCGCAUACACGGGCGGAGGAGAAAGUCCCUAUUCUUUCAUAAAUGCCAAAACUGCAAGUGAUGACUCCAACCUGACAUUAAUCAUUGUGCUUCCCAUGAUCCUGUGUACCUUGCUCAUCAUCACCCUGUGCUCCUGGAAAAUCCAAUGGGCGAAGGAGAGAUGUUACCCUGCCAUUCCAGACCCGUACAAGAGCAGUGUCCUGGCGGAGAUGAGAUUCAAGGGCGGGUCCAAUUUAGCCGUCCUGAACCUCAACCACUGCGUCCCCGAUGCCCUGGAAGUGAUGAAUCAUUCGGAGAGGAGCAAGUUGCAGCUGCUGACCAUGAAAGUGCAGCCCUCACAGCCCAACAGUUACGAGCCACAGCCGGGAGGAAGGGACAAGUUCACUUCCUCCUCGUGCAUCUGUUUUGAGAACCCCACCUAUUCCCAGAAGGAAUCAGACCGCGACCCCCACCUUCCCCCCCGGCCUCGGUCCGCCGGGAGCGCCCAGAGCGAGGGGGAGACGUCGCCACGGGAGAACGGCUCCGGUGAGUCGCCGGAAGAGGACCCGGGCGUGAAGACCAGCUUGAAUUACAUGUCCCAGAUGGCCCUGCCCGCGGACUCGGACGCCGUGCCUCGACUGGCCGGUUGUUUGGGCUACAAGACCCAGAUGGCCGCCGUCGCGGCCCCCGCUCUCCUUCCUCCGGCCGGCCGUGACGCUGGCGCGGGCCGAGGGCACAGCCCAACCUACCCCACGGCGCACCCGCCUUCCGCCCGGUGGGGAGAUCUUCACUAAGCGGAUUCGGCUCCUUCCCGCGAGCUCCCGGGGGAGCCAGGCGCGGGGGAUUUGGCUUGCCCUGUCUCUGGAGUCCCACCCGUGCUUCUAACCGUCUUGACGUAUCGAGGACGGGCCCUAGCGAGGACGGUGUUUCUCCGGUCCUAGACGGAAAGAGUCUGCCGUGCCCCUCUCCGCCCUGGACCUCUCCCAGCAGUGGCGGAGGCGGAGGGCGGGACUUCUUCCCGAAGCACUUCUACCUGAACGGCGGCCAUAUCGGAGCGCCGCGACGCUCCGAUCCCCACGCCCGGCAAGCUCCUCGGGGGCCGGAUCUUGGGCUCCGAUGAUGUAGGACUGUAGCCGUUCUAGAAAUUCCUGAUUAGAAAAGAUUUAGAAAGAGAAGCAGCGGGCCCCGGUGGAACGAACACGGGCCCGGGAGUCCGAGGAGCGGGUUUCGGAUCCCAGC